AUGGAGAAAGGUAUGUCCAUAGACAUAAACAAGAACAGCUUCAGUGACGAACUUGAAUGGCUAAAACAAACAAAAGUAGGAGACUUGAUAUCUGAUCAUCAUCUUCAAAACAAGAACAAGAGAUUAGUAGAAAUACUAUAUACAGCAACACUAGCUCACACCAUGAAUGCACUUGUAGCGAAUAACGUUGUGGCUGUACCUAUAGCUGCACCACCUGGUCACUGGAUUGGUGCUGGUGGUUCUAUGAUUCUAGAAUCUGAUAAACAUAGUGGUGUUGUUAGGAAGCAUUAUAUUGGUAUGCUUACCAUGUUUGAUAUAUUAGCUCAUUUGGCUGAAGACCCGAUUGAUGUAGUCGGUACUAACGGUGAUGACGGCGGCGCCGGCGUUUUUGAUAUGGAUAAACGGAUGUCAGUUCCGGUGUCCUCUAUCAUUGGUCAUAGUUUGGAAGGUCUUAGUUUAUGGACUCUAAAUCCUCAUACCAGCCUUUUAGAUUGUAUGGAAGUAUUCAGCAAAGGCAUACACCGGGCAUUGAUACCACUUGACAGCCACAUGGAUAAUGUACUAGGAGUAGAACUUGCAGAAAACUCAUCUAGUUAUCGGAUGCUUACUCAAAUGGAUGUUUUAAGUUUUUUAAAGUCGCAUGGAUCUAAGCUGAAAAACGUCAUUUCUCACACUAUCGGAGAGUUGGGUGCUGUCAUGGAACAAGUCUUUGCGGUAACGAACCGUACAAAAGUUAUCGACGCUAUAAAAUGUAUGAGGACUGGAGGGUUACAUGCUGUUCCGAUCAUUGAAGCUUUUGAUGCGACAGAUGAAGAUCACAAGCAACUCAUAAAUGGGAAAGGAAGAAAGAUUGUAGGCACAUUCUCUGCAACUGAUCUCAAGGGAUGUCCAAUUGAUUUGCUGCAGUCUUGGAUGUCUAUUGAUGUUCUUGAAUUUACUAAUAGGGUGUCAACAGGCCCGGUUAAUGAUGGUGUUGGGGAUGAGUCCGCGGAGUCGACUUCAAGAACACUUGUAACGUGUUAUGCAGAGUCGAGCCUUGGUGAAGUAAUCGACAAAGCUGUCACAGGACAUGUUCAUCGUAUAUGGGUUGUAGACAGACAAGGAUUGCUGGAUGGGAUCGUUGCUUUAACAGAUGUACUUCGAGUCAUAAGAAUCUCAUUGUUGUCUGGCUGUAUUGCCCGUGCCAUAAUGGCACGGGGACAGAAGGGAUGCUGUGCUAUGGCUAAUGAUUUCGUCGGUGUAUUGGGGGUUUUCACGGUAACGGUGGUAGCUGUGAUUGUGCUGGUGUUAGCGGAGGGUGGUUAUGUUGGUGUCGCAGAUGAUACUGAAGAGGCAAUUAGAUUAGGGCACAAAGUUGGGGGUAAACAACUACAAUUCGAAGAAGAAGAAGAGAUUGAGAAAGUGGUGUUGGUGUUUUUCUGUAAUGGAGGGGAUGGUGUUGCUGAUGGUGGUGUUUCAGUGUUCACGGUGACGGUAAAGGAGGAAAAAUCGAUGAUUUCUUUUUGGCAAAAGAGAGAAUUCUUAUUUGCCACUUGA